AUGCACUCUCGCAAAAAUGUAGGCUACGCGCGGCCGGGCGGGGUCGACAUUGACCUCCCCACAGAGGCCAGCGUCUCCAUCUCUCGUGGCUGUACCGCCUCCCGGCGUAUCGUCCGGUCGCUCAAGAAUCCGUUGGCGUGCGUGAUGCAGCUGGUACCGCUAGACAGUGGUGAGAACACCCGGCCGCCUCAUCUGCCUUCACGCUUCAACACGGCUAGCAUCCCGAGUGAGGCCUCCGUGAGCGAGGUACGCAGUGAGUUGUGCAGUGUUGCUAUGGAGGAGCAGACGGAGGAUUCGACAUCGUCGUUCUUUGACCAUCGACGCUUACGGCACGGUGGCAAAGUAAGCAGCUCCAUGAGCCGUAGCCGCGCAUCACGGGUGGGGCACGAGAUCCGUGCGCGUAUGCGCCGCAGCUUUCCCAGCGGUAGCAGUCGCGAGGUGGAGGAGAGUUUCCUCAGCUACAGCGAUGACCCCUCUUUCUACGCGUGCGACUCCGACGCGUCGUCGAACUCUGCAGAAACGGAGGGCUCAAGUCAUAGCAUGUCCUACACAGCCAUCUCGGAGAGUGUACCGAGUUGCAGCCUCACCGGUCUAACUGAGAAUAAAUACGCCGCCACUGGAUGGGCGAGCCGUUUCCGCAAGCCCAACGUCCCACCUCCGCAUAGGGAGUCGAACAGCUUUGGUAGCAUCUUCGGGUCCGGCGGGAUUGAUCCAUACAACGGUGCCAGCGUCAACGCACACCACCAGGUACGCGACAGCGCCGCCGCGGAUGUGGCAGUGGGGAUAGCGGCAGAGCCUCGCAUAGCGGCUGCUGUCCCGCAGAGGGACCUGCCCGUGGUCGUUAUAUCCCCUUCCUCAUCUGCUGCGCGGUCAAACACAGGUCGAGGCUCGCAUACCGCUGCAUCCACAGCAGCACUGAGCGCGCCAAGUGCCUCGGCGGCGCGGCUCUGUGACGGGGGAUUGCAGCUCACCGCGGACAACUCUUCUGUGGGCCAGGGUACGGAUGGCGGCAGUCCUCUGAGCAACUCCAUUGACCAGCGGCCACGCGUGCAGAGUGUCAAGCUGCUGGAACGUGUCGGACGUGGCACCUUCGGGGAUGUCUAUAGAGCCCAGGACCUGGACAGCAGCAACAUCAUUGCCGUGAAGGAGAUUAUUGUGCCACACGACUUCACAAAGGACGUAGAGAAGCAGUUGGCCGCUCUUGAGUCGGAGAUUCGUGUCAUGCGUCGACUGCACCAUCCUCACGUUGUGACUUAUCUCGGCGCUGUGCGCGAGAACAACUCCCUUCGCAUUUUCAUGGAGUUUGUAGGGGGUGGUACUGUGGGCAGUAAGCUGGAGAGCGUCGGCGGUCUCUCCGAGAAGAAGACACGCGACUACACAGCCCAGCUGCUAGAGGGGCUCGAGUACCUGCACGUCUCGCACAUCCUUCAUCGUGACUUGAAGGGUGAUAACCUCUUCCUCACAGAGGACGACCAGCUCAAGCUGGGCGACUUUGGGCAGAGUAAGGAGUUGGCGGACACCCUCAUCACGCGGUCCGUGCAAGGCACUCCAAGCUUCAUGUCACCCGAGAUGAUUGCCUGCUCUGGAUACUCGUUCGAGGCAGAUGUAUGGUCAGUGGGGUGCUGCGUCAUCCAGAUGCUCACUGGCAAGCCGCCAUUCGCGAACCUCGACAACCAGAUGGCGGUGAUGUUCGCCAUCAUCAGUUCCAAGAUCGAGGAUCAGAUUCCGGCAUGCGCCUCCGAAGGCGCGAAGGACUUUAUUCGUAUGUGCACCAAAACUAACAUCAAGGAUCGGUGGACGGCCUCGCAACUGCGUCAGCACCCUUGGCUCCUAGGACAAGGCGCUCCAACGGCCGCCACAGCAUCCGCAGCGCUGGCCAAGGCUGCCGGUGAGCGGAAGGAGAGCGCUGCUCACAAGCCCGUCGCCGCACACCCGCCGCUGAAGGCAAAGGAGCUGGCGCAGCCGAACCCGCAUCUUGGCAAGCCUCCUCGGUCCAUUCUUUUAGACACCGCGGCCCUUGCGAAGGCGAAAGGCAGCGACGAUAUGACGAAAGGUUCGAGCAGCCGCCGCCUCGGUGGGUAUCGGUACUCACUCGAGGACGAGACGGGCGAUCACGAGGCGGGCGGUACUACGAGCAGCAACCUUUCUUCUAAAAGCGAGACGCCAAGCUCCAAAAACGCGGCGGCGACCAGGGAUGCAGGCGUCCCUUUUUCGGGGUCGUCCCCACUCAGCGAAGGUGCGUCGAUGGACAGCCGUCACAGGUCACCUAUGGCGUUGCCGGAGGCUUUGCCAAGUGGAGGGCAGCUACACCGCACGCGCGAGGGUGCCCCUAUGGCGACCCCGGGGCAGGGUGAUUCGCUAGUGGUGGUGGGCCAAGAGGGUAGUGGUGGCAGCGGUGCGCGGGGGCGGAGGAAGUCGCCACCGGAGCCGGCGCAGCGGCUGCAACCGCCUGCGCAGCCGCACAAAGAGAAAUCGCCACGCCACCGAGCGUUGAUGGCGGGCAGCGCCGCGGCUGUGGAGUCUUCGUCGAAGAGGCGAUCGAACCCGAGCCCGAUGACACGCGCUCUCAAUACACCUGUUCACUACCGCACCAACCUCGGCACCUCCUCUCCCAGCAAACAGCGUGCUGAUCUUCGACCGGCAGGCUCGUCGAUCUACCGUGUCUCGGGCGUUGUCAACCAGUCGAGCCGCACUACACCGAACAGAACGUCCUCAGGAAAGAAGCGCCAAGCGAUGGCGGCACGGGCGACUGGCCACGCACUGAAAGACGAUCACAAGGUGUAG